UCUGAGCCGCAAAUGUCUGUCUUACUUCAACUUUGGUUCUGAUCCAGAUGUCUCAUCCCUUCCCAGCGGGGGAGAACGUCAUAGCAGGGAUAUGCUGUCACAAGUACUCAUCUUACCUGGUGUGUAUUGCAUGCUGAUCUCCAUGGUUUUGAAGGUAUUUUCUACACGAGAAUUGCUUGGGCUUUUUCUAAUGUGUUCCAUAUUGUUCCAUGCACAAUAUGUCAUUUAUUGUUCAACCAUUAAAUAUAUAAUUUGCUAUCUUGAAAUCUUUGCACUGUUGAAGAGUUUACAUUGGUAGAGCAAUACCUUUUCUCCAUCGGACAUCAAACGGAAGGCUCUAUCAUCCUCAGUAAUCAAACCAAUCAAACUGUAUGUACACCACAUAUACAAUACGCAGGUUAUUUAGCCUUUUAUUUGUGAAGGCUGUAUGAAUAUUUGCUGUCUGUUUUAUAUGUCAAAGACCAGGUGCUUGUUCCAAUUGCGGCUUACUAUUCCAGUGUCGUCAUACCGUCUACACCACGGCUUUAUCCAAGUCAUCCUGCGGCAGAUUGAUUGACUUUUAAUCUUGUAUCAGAUUUUAAACGGCAAAUAAAGUGGAUUUAGUAUUUGUAUACUAUGUGACAAAGGAGGUUUUAUGAUUUAUUAUUUUAUUUGCAUUUUAAAUUGCCUAAAUGCAUUGUCUUUUUUUUGUGGCUUGUGGUUAUUUUAUUUUAUUUUUACUGUUGGAAUGAGCUGUUUCAGGCUAAAAAAAAAAAAAAAAAGAGCAGGUGUUUUGCAUUGUGGGAUUGCAUUUAAUCACAGUGACCGUGGACAAGCUGAUGAAGACCAUGGCUCAGUGUGACAGCGCAGAUGAAGCCGGCAGUGCAAACAUGAUCACCGAGCUUAUCUCCUACUUUGAAAACCCCCAUCCAGGGGACAGCCACACGCCGGUGGGGGGCUCCGGCGCAGAGGGACCGGGAAGCGACCCUGUGAACCAUCCUCCUCUAGACAUUUCAUCAGCCAUCAGAUCAGUCACUGCGACGGGGACGUGGAGUUUUGGGAAGAUGCACGCUCUGCCGAAGUUGUUCUCCGUUCCUUCACACAGGGAGGAUGACUCUCAUUCACCUCAGCUGACCAAUCAGGAUACAAGAGAAGAGCCAGACAAUGUGGAGGAAGAGGAAGUGCCGAGUGUGUCCUUCAAAUCAAAGUACAUUCACAUCUUCCCCCUCUAUCAGGACUACUGUCUGCAGGAGGUCAAAGAGGACCUCCAGCGACUCAACACCAAGACCUCCCUGUCAGAGCUGGUCAGCCCCCAGUACCUGCGGGGUCUGCAGUCCCGUCUGAGCCCCCAACAGAGCUCACCCAAGCUGUUGUCUACUCCACCGCCGCCACCUCCUGAUGGCCAUGUGAUCCGAGUGGCACCGUGCACCUUGUGGCAGGACCUGGAGGAGGUGAAGGCAGGUGGUCUGCUGGGCCGCCUGACCCCUGGACAGAUUCGCCUUCAAGAGUGUAUGUUUGAGUUGAUCGGCUCAGAGGCAUCUUACCUGAGGAGCCUGGGCGUCGCCGUGGAUCAUUUCUGUGUGUCCAAGGCCCUCAAACGCACCUUGACCCCGAUGGAGCAUCACAUCUUGUUCUCCAACAUCCGGCACGUGAAGGCAGCCAGUGAGAAGUUUCUCAUGGACCUGGAGGUGCGCCUGGGGGAGAGCGUGUUCAUGUCUCACCUGGGGGACGUCGUGCUGGAGCACAGCCCGGCCUUUCGUACGCACUAUGUUCCCUACGUGACCAACAUGAUGUACCAGGAUGCUCUCGUUAACAGGCUGCUGCAGCACAACCGAGACUUUGUGUCGUGUCUCAAGCAGCUGGAAGGCGAGCCGGUGUGCCAAAGACAAAGUCUUAAGUCUUUCCUCGUCCUUCCCUUCCAAAGAAUCACUCGCAUGAAACUCAUUCUGGAGAGUAUCCUUAAACGGACGGAAGCAGAGUCUGAAAGUGUGUCCUAUCUUGAAAAAGCAAAGCAGGCCAUCCAUGAGAUAGUGAGGGAGUGCAACGAGGGUGUCCACAAAAUGAAGCUAAUCGAGCAACUGGUCUCCUUGGAGAUGCAGCUGGAUUUUGGCAAACUGAAGGCGGUUUCUCUGGUAGUGAGCGGCCGUUUUUUGGUGCACGAGGGUCCCUUGAGCCGGCUGACUGUGGAGAGUGGCUCUAGCACGAGAACAUCCCUCACUGGUGCCCACCUUCAUCUCUUCAAUGACCUUUUGAUCAUCUCCUCCAAAAAAGACCAGCACUUCCUGGUGGAGGACCACGCAGAGUUCCCCACACACGUGCACGCCACACCGUUGAAGACAGAAGCCCUGGGUUUGCCGCCGGAGGCCUUCCUGCUACGUCUCUCGCGGACGCACACCGGACGCCCGAGCGCCUUGAUACUGGUGGCACACAGCAGGUCAGACAAGGAGCAGUGGAUGAAGGUGCUGGUGCCGUCCACGCAAUGACAAACAUUUUAAUAAUCAUAAUUUUACCUUUUUUUUUUUUCUUUUCAAGUUGUACAUUUGCUAUUGACUUGUCACUUUCCACAUGCACGGUGGUAACACUUAAUAUUCUCACACGUUCAACACACAAUCACGAGUGAAACUAACUUUACCAUUUGAAUUAAAGCACAUUUCUUAAUAGCAGUU